UGUUACAGGGCAGAAAAAGAAUGGAGGGACGACCUUUAGCAGGUGUGGGAACUGGAAAAGGCCCUUCUCCUCUUCAGCCUGGGAGCUGUGGGGAGAACUGGGCAAGAACUGGGCAGAAGAUCCUGGAGGAGGAAACCGUCUGUUCAGAACUUCAGCCCUGGAACUGCAGGAGCGUCCAAUAUCAGGAGGCCGAGGAUCUCCAAGGACAUUGCAGCCGACUCCACUCCUUGUGUAGUCGAUGGUUGAGAGCAGAAAAACACACCAAAGCGCAGAUGCUGGACCUGGUUGUUCUGGAGCAGUUCCUGGCCCUGCUGCCCCUGCAGGUGGAGCGCUGGGUGCGGGAGUGCGGAGCAGAGACCAGCUGCCAGGCGGUGGCCCUGGCCGAGGGCUUCCUCCUGAGCCAGGCAGAGGAGCAGAAGGGGCAGGUCGGGUUGCAGUCCUUCAGUGUGGACGUCAGAGAUCCUGAGGGAAGGAGGAAUCCAUCCAAUCCCCCUCCGGAGCUGUUUUUCGGGAGGAUCUCUCAGGAAGAUCCAGGUCAGGACACCUCAGCAGGGAAGACUCAGAGAAAGUUGCCUGCUGUUUAUGGUGGAGCUGAACCAGUGGUUGAACCUUCAACUCACGAGGGUCCUGUGUCCUUCGAGGAGGUGGCCGUGUGUUUCUCCGAGGAGGAGUGGUCUCGGCUGGAUCCUCGCCAAAAAGCGCUGCAUCGGGAAGUCAUGCUGGAGAAUUAUAGGAACGUGGCCUCUCUGGCAGGUGAUGGAUGGGAGACGGAGGAUUCCGGCCAAGAGGCGGCAGCACCUUUGCCAACAGCCAGAAAGGAAGUUGCGGAAAAGAUGUUUGGAAAGCAAAGGCCUGUGGAUAACCUUUUAAAAGCGAGGCUGGGGAAAUGCUCUACUUUUCAGUCUGCAGAUAUCAGUGUCUUCUUGGCCAGAGAGGAUCACCAAGAAAAAGGAGCAUGUCCAGGGUGCGGAAGAAUACUCAAAGAUGAAUUGGGGUUAUGUGACUGUCGCAGAAGCCACGCUGUAGAAAACCAAAAUGAAAGUGGGAAAUGCUCCAGAAGGACCUUCCGUGUUACUUUACGUCAAAGAAUGCAAGAAGGAGAAAAACCUUACAAAUGCACAGAGUGUGGAAAGAGUUUCAAAAAUUCAAGUUAUCUUCCUUCUCAUAAAAGGAUCCACACAGGGGAAAAACCAUAUGAAUGCAAGGAAUGUGGAAAGAGCUUCCAUUUUGCAACAGGCCUUACUUCCCAUAAUAGGAUUCACACAGAUGAGAAGCCAUAUGAAUGCCUCAAGUGUGGAAAGAACUUCAGUCAAAAAUAUCAGUAUACUGUACAUUACAGAAUCCACACUGGGGAGAAACCAUAUAAGUGCAUGGAGUGUGGAAAACACUUUCCUGAGUCAGGUUCCCUCACUUACCAUAAAAGGAUCCACACUGGGGAAAAACCAUAUAAAUGCCAGGAGUGUGGAAAGACCUUCAGGGCUUCAAGUGCUCUUAUUUCCCAUAAAAGGAUCCACACAGGUGAGAAACCAUAUGAAUGCCUCAAGUGUGGAAAGAGCUUCAGACAAAAAUAUCAUUAUAUAGUACAUAACAGAAUCCACACUGGGGAGAGACCAUAUAAAUGCAUGGAGUGUGGAAAGAGCUUCCGCUCUCAAAAACACCUUCCUUCCCAUAAAAGGAUCCAUACUGGGGAGAAACCGUAUGAAUGCAAGGAAUGUGGAAAACGCUUCAGUCAAAAACAUAAUUAUACUGCGCAUAGCAGAAUCCACACUGGGGAGAAACCAUAUAAGUGCAUGGAGUGUGGAAGAUGCUUCACUGAGUCAAGUUCCCUCAGUUCCCAUAAAAGGAUCCACACUGGUGAGAAAUCAUAUAAAUGUAUGGUGUGUGGAAAGGGAUUUACUCAACAUCAGUCGCUUUAUGAGCAUAGAAAAAUUCAUUCAAGAGAAACCCAUAAAAACAAAAAGAAUAGAACUGCAUAAAUGAACUGCGUGUCAAACAUUUUGGAGACUACAGUCCUAAACAGUUUAUUACCAUGGAAAAAGGGAAUUUUCGUGAAUGAAAGAUAAGAAGGAACAAUGAUGGCAAAGAGAAUGGAGAACAAUAAUUACAGCUGAUUACUUGAGCGAUGUUGAGCAUUUGUCCACACAGUGCCCUGAAUCUCGUCUUUUUUGGAAGACCCGCAUUGGAACCAUUUUCUUUCUGCAUCUCUCAAUUUAUUGGCCACUAGAAGCACCUGACACAGGGACAGUAGAGUGACUGCGCACUUCGACUUUGCUCUCUUCGCAGCCCAAUGCUUAAUUUGCACAUCACUCCUGUUAUCCCUCCAGUGGAACAGACUGUUAAUUAUGAGGGCUGUCAACACUUACUCUUCUGGCUUCCUCACUCUCUUGGGAUGAAGAAAACGCCAUCCCGGUUCGAAGACACAGAUGGGCAGCCUCGGCUUUGCUGUCGCCGUGUAACUUCCUAAAUAAAGAUGAUCUUUGGGUUUUCUUUCUUUCAAGGACUAGUCUCCAGAAUUGGUUUACAAAGUGUCAGUCUCCUAACUUCAUUCUUUCUCUCUAAAAGCACUUUUUACACAUGCAGUGGGGCAGGACGGGAACACUGGCAAUGUUCCAGAGAUCCCAAAUAAUAUUCUCCACCUAAUUAUGGAGCCAUG